AGGUCGCCAUGAAUGAUAAUCAGAUCAGGGGCUUUCUGAGGCGAUGGGACUGCCAGAAGGUUGACUGCGAGGCCCUGAAGAAAGCCAUCUUACCGAAAGGAGAGACUCAGCUGAAAACACAAGUGCUUCUCGACGGCCUAUUCGAUCUCCUGUAUCCGGCUGGACAUGUCCUGAUUGGCCGAGUCGUGGAUGCUGUGAAGUUACACUUUACUCUCGAAGCGUCCGAACGAAAAGGUGUGGAAGCCGAAUUCGCCGAGCUAAGUAAAGGGACAGGUUCAAUAUCUUGGCGACGCUUCAGGAAAACUAUCAACAACUUCAUCAAUAAUCAUGUGUGUGAUUCGAAUAUCAAGAGGAAAAUAAGCUACGAUGCUCAAGUUCAUCAGCAUAAUAGACUCCUUAAAGCAUAUGGAAAAAAUGAUAGUACCGUCCAUGAGUCUGAGUUCACGUUAAGCGUAGCUUACGUUGGAAUGCUCGUGUCUUUAAUCCCAUACAACAUCGACGACAUCGCCUUGAUGGAAAGAAACGUCUUCAAUGGUUGGCUCAUAGAGAAGUUGGAGCUGAUUGGUGAUAUGGAGUCGUAUACUGAUGCUCUGGUUCGCGAAUUCAUGCCCAAUGGAGGUUCAGAGACACAAAUACAAGUAAUCAUCGAUGGUAUAUUCGACCGCGCAUUCGCAUUCGACGUUCGAGAUCCGUCCGACUUCAGCAAGUUCACCACGUGGCAAAUCCUCGGGGCUAGCGAGGAGGACACUCGCCACAUUCAGGGUCUGCAAAGAGAGGCGAGUAACGUCCGUGUUGUAGGAGGGGCCGGCUUGAAAGCCUGGGAGUUCGACGGCAAUGCUACCUCGUUCGUUAAGAUCUCAUCCCCGGUGAAGAACGGACUCGGGAAGAGCCUGACUGUAGCAACAUUCUUCUACCAAGACGUGCUGAACAACGGACCAAUCCUGGAGUUCGAAGGCGACACGAAAUUUCCAUGUGGGUUCCACUUUUGGUACUGGGACAAGAGAGGCCUGUUUGCAAAUUUCAGAACAAUCGACGGACACGAGCAUAAUGUAUUCUUUGAGUUGUUGACGCCUAAACAGUGGCAUUUUGUCGGUGUGAGCUAUGAUUACGGCACAGGAAAUGUCCUCAUGUGGAUAGACAAUGACAUCAUGGAAAAGAACAUUGGGAAAUUAGAAGUAGAUUUGGCGGGAGAAGUUUUCUGCGGGAUUCGACCGUCGAGCCCAAAAUGGCGUCCGUUUAAGGGCCGUCUGGCUGGCCUGGUGCUGUUGAACGGUCCGACACACAAGGAGAAAAUAGCAGGACUGAAGGAGAAGGUGGCAGGAAUGCUUAAUUAGGGUUCAGUACAGACUGGCAGUCUCUUGAACAAAUUGACUUGAGAAAAGGCGUGGAGCCCAUCGAACAAGAGGAAGCACUGAAUUUAACGCUAGCGUGUGAUGUUAUGGUGCUGUUAGCUCAAAAUGCUGAGUACAUCUCGACUUCAAAAUGGACAUUCCCCUCGGCGAACAUCAAACACAAAACAAUGGCGAUACAUAAACGUGUAUAAGUGCAUGUGUGAUGUACAUGUAGUUCCUGUAACAAAUUAUAACAACGAAUAUGGCGGUCCACUGGGGCCGGUGUAGAAGAAGAAAAUGUCCCCCUGAAAAAAAGUUAUGUUGGAUCAUAUAUUGAAUAUUGCUUCUAUAAGAGGCCAUGACCGUCAAUAGCUCGGAGAUUAAAGCGCAUCUUUUGCUCUCUAGAUUUUCAAUCCAAGGACAUUUCAAUUUUCUACGCCGGUUAUGAUAUUGUUUGAAAGGUGUUCGAAGCGUCUCCGGAUAAUUCGACUCUACUUGAAGGCCGCUAUACAUCAGAGGACUGAAGUCAUGCUCAGAAACAAUAUUCUUAAACAUUAUCUCUGGUAUAUACACCACAAGCUUUGACUACUUGAAAUAACGGUAUGCGUUUAUCAAAACGUACAUGUACACCCCCUAU